CGUCGUCGUGCUUUGCCAGCUAAUGUUGCUUUGGUCAGUCUGUCAGUCUGUCCAUGGUCUUUGAAUGGACCAACGCUCCCAUCGCUCUCUCAACACCACCACCCUUCCUCCCCCCCUUCCUUUUCGCUAUCCUUGCGACUGCAGAUAGACGUGCGUCGACGUUGCGUCCCGCUCGAGAAGUCUGUACGUGCAGCUCUCUUUUCCCUGAUCCAACUACCUCGACAUUUCGUCAACUCCAUCGACCCUCUUCCGCCGCACUACACUACUACACCGCACUACUUGGCCCGCAUUCACUUCACACCCCCCUCCCCAUCCCUCUCUGCAUUCACCAUCUUUCCUCUCCCCUCCUCCCCCAACCCUCCCACGGUAGUACUUACCUACUAGUAGUGCCCAUCCUCGCCUUCACACCAUCCACCCCAUCCGCCGGCCCAGACACGUUGCCACGGGCAUCCCGCCAGCCAACCCUGAAUUGGCCGCGCCGUGGUCACCAUACAAGCACAGCGCAGCACUCGCCCACGCACAAUAAAAUACAACUACACAUCACAACGCAGCGUCGUCCCCUUGAUGCGCUAUGGAAUCGCCCGGCGGGUAUCCAGAGUCUCCACUCGCCGAGGAUGAUGUAGUCUACCCGUGCAAAGGGUGUGGAGAGAUUCUCGAAGAAGGAAAAGCCUUUGAGUUGGCCGGCAACCGGUGGCAUAUCGACUGCUUCCGCUGCAACACCUGCGGCACCCUCCUCGACUCGGAUGCGAACCUCCUGCUUCUCGGCGAUGGCUCCCUCAUUUGUAACAACUGCACAUACAGCUGCAACCACUGCGGCAACAAGAUCGAGGAUCUGGCCAUCUUGACGGGGGACCAGGCUUUCUGCGCCAAUUGUUUCCGAUGCAGGAACUGCAAGCGUAAGAUCGAGAACCUGCGUUAUGCUCGUACCUCGCAGGGUAUCUUCUGCAUGACAUGUCACGAGUCGCUCAUGGCCCGUCGACGGAAGAAAACUAAAAAACCUCCUUCUACCACAGUUGCGCCCAAGGUCGACAAAUCCUUGCCGGCUUUGCCCCCCAGCGCCCCCCAGGCCUCGAGCCAGUUUACGCCCGACCUCGAUACUCCGUCCGACGUCUUCUCGGAGCCACCAACCGCUGAUGUCUCUCCCCGACCUCAUCCCAGGAGGAACGAGUCUUCGACAACGAAUUUCAGGCGCGAUGCAUCCCCCAAUUCACUCCAGAGUCUUCGUCAUGAUUCAAAUGCGUACAAAGACGCCAACCACUCCGAAGCCUCGGAUAUGGGUGAAGAUCACGGUAUCUUGCUACCCUUUGCUCUUGAUCCAAACCCCGCUCCAGGGCCCUCCCCUCUCAAUAACAAGCACCACCCGCGGCCAGGGGAUCCCAAGUCGUCCCGCGACUACUUCAACCGGCCUGGACCAAGUGGUCACAGAGAACACCUCAAAGAGAAUAGGUCACGCUCGGCCUCGGCGGAACGUCAUAACAAUUCGAGUCCACAUAUCGCUUUCCAAGAGAAGGGCCGGCAGAAUUCAGAACAGGUCCUUGACACUAUGCGGAAACGGAAGGACACGACCAGCGAAGCGUCUGGAGCUGCGCCGGCGGCUGCGCCUGCGCAGGACCGCACACGGAGUCAGCAUGCCUCACCUGCUCCAUCGCAGCCAACCGAGACGUUCAAGCUUCAAGAAGUGCCGAAAAACAAGAGAGCAGAAGCAAGGAAGAAUUCUGUUGCCAAAUCUCCUUCACGUGGCUCACCGGCGACCGAUAUGGAUGGAAGGCUCCUAAGUCCGGCUACAGAUUCGCAGAGCGCCUCACCAGUGCCACUAGACUCCCAUGUGCGCGAUGAUUCGCCUUCUACAUCUAGUUCUUCGUACAGCUCUACACAGCGUGUUGAGCGACCAGCCCGUGGAGACUCCCUCGCGAACGCUCUACGGCCUGCAGCCAAUUCAUCUGCUUCCAAGAAGGACCAUUCUGCUAGUUCACCUACCACGCCCACAGUGGCUCAGACAGACCGUCAUCCGUCCAUACCUGGGCCUCAUUUGCAACAAAAUGGCAGUUCUAGCAUCUCAAGCCUUGCCGACGCAAUCCCUCACAGGAGCUUGACUGAUCCUCCUGUCCCACCACAACGCUCCGCAGGCCGGCCUCCUCCGCCACCCGCAACUUCCGAUAACUUUAUCUCGCCACGUGCGCCUCCUCAUCCGCCUCAGCCCCCACACAAUCAUAGGCCUACCGACUCCACCAGUACUGUAACAAGCGAAACCCUCUCUCCAGGUGCUUUACCUCGUUAUAGUGCCCAGGGAGACUUUUCCAUGGACGAGGACUUUGCCCGUCUACUUUCUGGUCAAGAAGGUCAAGAGAAAGAGGGUGGAGUCUUACGAAGGGUCUCGAAUGCCAUGUCCAAGCAUGGCCGUAGCUUCAGUGAUCGCGGCUCAAUCAACCAGCGCGGCCACAAGAAGUGGCCAACAAAUGGUUCGAUUGACAUCAGCAGUCCGACGAUGCCCUCACCCGACUCAAGAGAAGAGAAUGUCAAUCUUCGGAACGAACUGCGUAGAUGUCAGCAGAAGAUUGCCGAACUGGAAGCAGAAAAGAAUGGACUGCAAGAGUCGGUUCACAAUGCUGCCGAUCUGAAGCAAGCCAACACCAUGUUGCGGGAGAAACGCAACACAAUGGCCGUCUUGGAUACUCAACGAGAGAUGGUCAUACGUGAGCUGGAGAUCAUGACUGAGCACCUGAAGCGGGCGAAGGAUAACAGCACAUCGAUCGACUACAACCAGUUGAAGUCCGAUGUGAUCAAGGACUUUGCCAGUGCUCUGCAAAAGCUCAAGGACACAAUGGGCGGUCAGAUUGAGGAUCUCAUCACCAAGCGAGCUGCACUCACUGAUGAAAUAUCUAACCUGAUUCAGAUGAAGGACAAGGGAUUCCAGGAGUACGAAUCUCUGAGCGCGCAGAACAAGAAGUUGCAAGAUAUGAAUCAGAACCUUAUCGAGUCGAUUCAAGGCACACUCAAAAGCAACAAACAAGCCAACGGCAAUCAAACCCUCGAUUCACUUCGAUCUCCUGCAAACGGUCUCGGAAUAUAUCAAACUCAUCACAAAGGUGGGAAAUCAGAAAUAUCGUUUGAUACGCACCCGAUGCCGCACGAGCCUUCAUAUUCCAAUUUGCAUGAGCCCGAAGGGGAAGCUACUUUGGCACAGCCUCAGGUGGUGAACAUCCGUAAGGGCAAGCCCACCAAAUUUGCGAACUGGAAGAAGGGUGGUCAGGCCAUGAAGAGUGUCACGAAAGGCUUCAAGGGCGCCUUCGCUGCCGCCGAGCCCAGGCGUGAAGAUGAAUACAACAAUGUCAAGGUUAUCGGCACGCCGUACGGAACCACGCAUACACAGCCAGAUCUUGCAUCUUUAGCAGGCACUACCAUAGCCAACUCAACUAAGAGCAAGGAGGAUCCUGUUGCACGAAGCUGGUUCACUGGAUCGAAAACAACCCCCAACAAACCACAAGACGGUCGAUACAAGCCUAUGCAACAUGGCAACGGCAGCGGCAAUGUGGCGGAGAACCCUACAGGUCUAUUUGCUAACGAUUUAAUCACUCGUUGUGAUAUGGAGAAACGUAUGAUUCCAGCCAUUGUCAGUCGAUGCAUCGAGGAAGUAGAGUCACGAGGCAUGGAUGUCGAAGGCAUCUACCGCAAGAGUGGCGGCAGCUCCCAGGUCAACCAAGUGAAACAAGGGUUUGAGGAUAAUGAGGAAUACGAUAUCUCGGACCCCGAUCUCGAUAUCCAUUCCGUCACUUCUGCCCUCAAAAACUACUUCCAUAAACUACCGACUCCUUUGAUUACGUAUGACGCAUAUGAUGCGUUCUUGGCUGCAGGUUCACACUCGAUCCCUGGACAGAAAGCAAAGGCGAUGCAUGAUGCUCUCCAGGACAUUCCUCGUCAGCACUACGACACUCUUCAAUUCUUGGUUUUCCACUUGUCGCGCGUCAUUCAGCAUGCCAAAGAAAACCUGAUGACACCACUCAAUCUUGCUGUCGUUUUUGCGCCAACAAUCAUGCGUCCGUCCGACGUUGCCCGAGAAUUGACCGAUAUGCAAGCUCAACGGAACGCUGUCCAGGCCCUUCUUGAGAAUCACAAGAAUAUUUUCUUCGAUGACGAGUAA